AUGUCUCGCGUUGGUGUUAUGGUACUAGGGCCUGCAGGUGCAGGAAAAAGCACAUUUUGUAAUUCUAUCAUAUCGCAUAUGCAAACUGUGGGACGAAGGGCACAUAUUGUAAAUUUAGAUCCUGCUGCAGAGGCUACUAAGUAUGAGUUUACUGUUGAUAUUAGAGAUUUGAUUUCCUUGGAUGAUGUCAUGGAGGAAAUGGAUUUGGGACCCAAUGGCGCACUAAUAUACUGUUUUGAGUAUCUUUUGAAAAAUUUAGACUGGCUUGACGAAGAGAUAGGUGACUUUAACGAUGAAUAUUUGAUCUUUGAUUGUCCGGGCCAAAUUGAACUCUACACUCAUAUUCCUGUCCUACCCAACAUAGUACGUCAUUUAACCCAACAAUUGAAUUUUAACCUUUGCGCCACAUAUCUUUUAGAGGCGCCGUUUGUGAUAGAUAGUUCAAAAUUCUUCAGCGGUGCAUUAUCUGCAAUGUCCGCAAUGAUUCUGUUGGAACUACCUCAUAUCAAUAUAUUAAGUAAAUUAGACUUGAUAAAAGGCGAUAUCAAUAAAAAGAAACUGAAAAGAUUUUUAAACCCCGAUGCAAUGUUAUUAAUGGAAACUGAAGGAAUGAAUCAAGCAUCCAAUCCUAAAUUUUUAAGAUUAAACCAAUGCAUAGCCAAUCUUGUCGAUGACUUCGGCAUGGUUCAGUUUUUGCCUUUGGAAUCCAAUAAUCCUGACAGCAUAGCCACCAUAUUAUCGUAUGUCGAUGAUAUAACACAGUGGGCAGAAGGACAAGAGCAGAAAGAACCCAAUGACCAAAUAGAUAUUGAAGAAUAG